GAAGACAUCUUAUAACAGUCCUACACUGGCUUUGAAGGGUUCUUGGAUUAGAUGCUGAAAGAAAUUAGUUUCAGUUGAGACAACUACCUCAUAGUUAUAAUUAAAGGUGCAAAUGAAACUGGCAGCAGUGUUGUUCCUUCAUAAUCCAUUUCAGAAAUUUUUAAAACCUUUAGCAGCUAUACAUAUGAAAGGAGCCUUUCUGAAGCAAAAUGGUUGAAAACAAACCGGUUUUUAGUGGCAUAGAUGUGACAGAAAGUCAAGAUGGUGGUGUAAUAAAAGUUUUAAAAAAACAAGGGAUUGGAGAUGAAACUCCCAACGAAGGAGCGACAGUACAUGUUCAUUACGUUGGUACACUUGAAGAUGGAACACAAUUCGAUUCUAGUCGUGAUCGAAGAAAGUCUUUUGAGUUCCCUUUGGGAAGAGGGCAUGUGAUAUCUGGUUGGGAGCUUGGUGUAGAGACAAUGAAAAAGGGUGAGAUAUGUACACUAACCUGCAAGCCUGAAUAUGCCUAUGGUAAACCCGGCAAACCCCCAACAAUACCACAGAACUCAACCCUUGUAUUCGAAAUUGAACUGUUACGUUGGGAGGAUGAGAAAGUUACACUAGAUUCAUUGGUUUCCAAAAAGAUUGUGAAGAGAGGCAAAGGAACUGAUCGUGUUUGUGAUGGUGGGACUGUGGAAGUUCAUCUGGUUGGUAAAAUUGACAAGAGAAUCUUUGAUGAACGCGACGUGCAGUUCAUUGUUGGUGAAGGUGGUGAGUCUGAUGUUAUACCAGGGGUGGAUGCCGCUGUUAAAACUAUGAAGAAAGAUGAAAUCUCAUUGGUUAAUUGUGACAGUUCGUAUGCUUUUGGGGAAAAGGGAAAAAAAGAAUGGGGGAUAGACCCUGGCAUGUCAGUUGAAUAUGAAAUACAUCUCAAGUCCUUUGAACAGCUGAAGGAAUUCUGGGAAUUAAGUUCUGAGGAAAGAAUUGAUGGAGCUAAGUUGGUGAGAGAGAAAGGGACUAUAUAUUUUAAGGAAGAGAAGUUUUCAUUAGCAUUGGGCAAGUUCACACGGAUGGUUUCAUUGGUGGAAAGCUUGGUUGAGGAAAAAGAUUUGAAGCAAGCAUCAUCUUUGAUUUUAGCUGGACAUCUAAAUGUUGCUUUAUGUUACCUCAAGUUAGCAAAAUAUAUGGAGUGCAUUGAAUCUUGUGAUAAGGCUUUAUAUAGAGACAAAAAUAAUGUGAAAGCAAUAUAUCGAAAAGGAAGAGCAAAACUAGCAAUGCAUUAUCCAGAUGAAGCACUUGAACAGUUCCAAAAAGUUAUUAAACUGGACCCAAAAAAUAAGGAUGCUAGAACUUAUUAUGCUAUCGCAAAAAAACAAAUCGUGGAGUAUAGGGCAAAGGAGAAGAAAAUUUUUGCAAAUAUGUUUGACAAGUUUGCUAAGCAAGAUGCAAUGAUUGCAGCCAGAGCUGAAAGUUUACAUGACCACAACAGCAAGGAUGUAUUUACAAGGGCUGAAGAGGAUGCAAAAAUGACAUUCAAAGGUGAACAUAAAGAAAAUGGAGAGCAUGGCAAUCCUGAUGAGAGGAAAGAUGAAAGUUCUCAUUAAGGUACUUGUAUACGACCUAAUAAAUUCUAUGGAUUAAAUUUAUCCCCAAAUAUAACAGCAUGAUGGAAUAAGCAGGUCAUUUGAGACAUAUUUUUCCACCGGUAGAUCAAGCUAAACUGGUAGACAAUGUCAAUGAUGAAGUUUGAAUGCACACCUUCGACUAAAUAUUUUACACUCUACUUGUUCAUUAUUCAGCAGGUUUUGUAGAUUAACCCUAAAAAUUUUCCUACAUGUUAUUUCACAUUGACGCUCUCUAAUAAGAUACACUGAAAUCCAAAUAUUUAUUGUACUAUUCCUAGAAUAGCAGUGUAUGAUGUAUAUAUUGUAGUAGUUUAUUAUAGACUGUAGGCUAUAGUGAAUUGUUACUCUUCUAUAAUUACUAUAUACUUGCAGUUUUCUUCCAAAUAAAGAUGUUUCUAGAUGCAAAAAGCAAUGCAUGUGCACACUGUAACGUUUUC